AUGUUCUCCUCUUGGGGCUUCCCUUGUGGCCGCCUCCGCCUCGCCGGCCGGGCGGUAGCGCGCCGCUCCGCGCUGCUCUGCCAGUGGGCGGCGGCUUCCCCCGCCCCGCCGUGGCUGCCUCUGCUCGGCGGCUCCCACCGGCGCCUACUCGCGCUCGGAGGGCUGAGCUCCUUCGCGGCGGCGGCCGGGCGGGGGGCGGCGGGGGCCGCGCCGUGCGGAUCGGGUGCGGCGGGGGGUGGGUUCCGGCCGUCGCGGGUGGCGGUGGUGGUGAAGACGACCCGGUACGAAUUUGAGCAGCAGCGGUACCGCUACGCCGGGCUCUCCGAGGAGGACCUGAAGCAGCUGCUUGCCUUGAAGGGAUCUAACUAUGCUGGUCUGCUGGAACGGCAUCGCAUUCAUACAAAAAAUGUGGAGCAUGUUGUAGACAGCUUACGGAACGAAAGGAUAGAAGUUCGUCUUGUUAAGCGUCGAGAGUAUAAUGAAGAGACAGUUCGGUGGGCAGAUGCUGUUAUAUCAGCAGGAGGUGAUGGUACAAUGUUGUUGGCAGCCAGUAAGGUCUUUGAUAGAUUUAAACCAGUCAUCGGAAUAAAUACUGAUCCUGAAAGAUCAGAAGGUCACCUGUGCUUGCCUGUGAGAUACACACAUUCAUUUCCUGAAGCACUACAGAAGCUUUAUCGUGGUGAGUUCAGGUGGCAGUGGCGGCAAAGAAUCCGACUAUAUCUUGAAGGAACUGGGAUUAACACAACCCCUGUGGAUUUACAUGAACAGCAGCUAAGCCAAGAGCAACACAGCAGGGCUCACAUAAAUGAAAGAUUCCAGGACCAAAGGUCUGAUAUUUCUGGUCCACAUCUUUUACCAGUGAGAGCACUCAAUGAAGUCUUCAUUGGGGAAUCUCUUUCAUCCAGGGAGAACUUUAAGUCCUGCAAACCCAGUUUUAAAUUCUCGCUUCAUAGGGCCUCCUAUUAUGAAAUAUCAGUUGAUGAUGGUCCUUGGGAGAAACAGAAGAGUUCAGGGCUUAAUGUGUGUACUGGAACAGGAUCAAAAGCAUGGUCCUAUAAUAUUAACAAGGUAGCACAUCAAGCUAUUGAGGAGAUCCUUAAGACUGCAAAAAAGCAUGGAAAUUUGAAUAUGCCAUUGAACACGGAACUGGUACAGAAAGUAACAAAUGAUUACAAUGAGUCUCUGCUCUACAGUCCAGAGGAACCAAAGAUGUUUUUCAGUGUACGAGAGCCUAUUGUAAACAGAGUUUUCUCAAGUAGCCGUCAGCGUGGCUUCUCUUCAAAAGUCUGUGUCCGUUCCCGUUGUUGGGAUGCUUGUAUGGUUGUAGAUGGAGGAACAUCUUUUGAGUUCAAUGAUGGGGCAAUAGCUUCAAUAUUGAUUGACACAGAGGAUUCACUGUGCACUGUUCUGCUGGAAGAAUGAAGGACGCUGAUGUCUUUUGCUGAAACAUUUAUGGAUCCAUAGAGGGAAACCAUGGGGAUAUCACAAUGCUGCAUUAUAUUGGAAGUUGGCCUUUUUGGAUGCAAGAGCAUUUGGGGGAAGCUUGAAAUGCUUUUCAUUCCUUUGGGUUGGGGAAUCAUUAGCCUGAUAUUUAAACUCUUCUUGCAUCUAGUGUAAAAUAUGUCUGGAGUGUUACCUCUAACUUCAGUGAAAAUUCAAUUUUAACCUGUAAGGCAAACAUGAAAGCUUUGUAAACACAGGUAAAUGGGUUCAAUUAUUAAGUCAGUAGCAUUAAAUAUUCAGAUGUACAGUUUUUUAGUAACAGUCUGGGACUGAUGAAACUUAAUACUUCAUACAUACAUUUUUGUAGAAAAGUUGACUGUCAAACUAGCAAUUUGAUGCAAGGAUAUAUAGAUUUUGGUAAACCAUGAUGUUGAUGUAAAAGAAAUGAAAAUACAGAUCUUUUGUAUGCUUUUCAAAAAUUAUACAACUUUGUAGUUUCAUACAACUUGUGGCAUUUUUUUUUGUUCUUCCAGUAUUUUUUCUACUUUGUAGACUUAUACUCUUAACGUAAGUCUGGUUUAAUACAUCUUGAAUGAGGUAGCUUUUACUUUUUCUGUUUGGCUAGAUAGGGAAACCCAAAUGUUUUCUUGAGCCCUUCAUCAGGAAUAUAUAGAUUACAGAAAUCAUGUUGAAGUCGGAUAUAUUCCUUCACUGAAUGGAUUAACUUCCAAGCAGAUGAUUAGAGACACUAGUGUAUGUAAGUGGCUAUCAUUAAGAAAUAUAUUUGGCCUUACCAAGUUGAAUAGUUUGGAAUUUGAGGUUUUGAAUUUCCUCUAUUUAAAGAAUAAGAUAUGCUGGGUACUAGGAGUUGGAGCACAAGCUAAUAACUAUGUCUUCCAUUUUUCCCAGCAUGUUUUUACCUUCUCCAGAAAAUUUAAAUUUCCAAUCCUAUGCUGAAUUCUAGUGAUGUGUUAAUGACAAAAAGUUAAUUUCAUAUGUCUCUGCUCAUGUUAGGUAAUCAAGUUGAAAAUGGAAAGAAAAAAAAGCUCUGAUUAAAGAAGAGCAAGUGACCUUUUAAAUCUUUCAGAGAAACUGUGAACUGUGAUUGCCUUUUGAAAUCUGUGCUUGUAAUUGCAUAGGUGAGGCAGAAUUUGACAAAAAGUAUUCCUACAGCAGGAACUCUUCUGCUACAUGACUUGAAAAUAGUAUGUUUUGUCUACUACAGACUGGUUUCCAAGAGUGAGUUUUCUUCUUUUGAAUGAAGAGACUUCUGUAACAGAUGUUCUCAGGUUUAAUGGAAAUGUUCUCCAUCGUGGCCAAUCAGUGUAUUUAUCGCCACUUGCAAAUGUAAACAGCUCUUUAUUGGUGGAGGAAAUGGACAAAUGGCUUUUUCCUUCUAGCCAUAGAGUAAAUAGAACUUAAAACAUAAUUUAGAGGAUAUUGAUUUGACCAGACCAUUCAGUUCUAGGAAAAUGUAAAAUUGAUGGAGAUGUCUGAAUAAGCUAUCACUGUGUACAUUUCCCCUUCUAAGUGUGCUGCA